UUUUUGUUUUAGAAAUAACUUUGGCUGUCAUCCUGACUCUACUGGGGCUUGCCAUUCUGGCUAUUUUGUUAACAAGAUGGACACGACGCAAGCAAAAUGAAAUUGAUGUCUCAAGAUACAAUUCAGAACAAAGUGCUGGUCUCCUGGACUAUGAGGAUGGUAGAGGAUUCCGACAUUCAUAUUCAACAGAAAGUGACACUUCAUAUGAUGAUCGAGGUUACAUGGAUGGAGAACUUACAAAAAAAUCAGUUCCCAAAGCCCCAAUUCUAAAAAGUGGCACUACAAAGUCUAGUAGGAGUAGCCAAGAAGAAAACAAGGAAACACUAACGAAGGAACUCUUAUUCACAGAUUCUGAUGAGUCCCUGACAUCAGUGCGCAAAACAGGGUCAAAAAGCAAAGCAAAAGGCAUUGAGUUGGAGAAAGGCCAGAUAAUAAUGGAGGUCAAGGUAAGGGAGAGUGACACCAGAAUACUAAAAACACAGGAAGCUCAAGUAAAGAAGAGUAAGGCUGGAAUACCACAAGAAAAAGAAGCCCAAGUAGAGAAGAGUGAGGCCAGAAUAUCGCAAAAACAAGAAGCCCAUGUAGAGGAGAGUGAAGCUGGAAUACCACAAGGACAAGAAGCCCAAAUAGAGAGGAGGGAGUCAGGAAUACCACACGGACAAGAAGCCCAAGUAGAGAAGAGCAAGUCAGGAAUACCACAAGGACAAGAAGCCCAAGCAGAGAGGAGUGAGUCAGGAAUACCAAAAGGACAAGAAGCCCAAGUAAAGAAGAGUGAAGCUGGGCUACCACAAAUACAAGAAGUUCAAGUAAAGAAGGAGAGUUCCGAAGAUCAAAGAGAGCAAGACAAAGAAAAGGGAGAUGCAAAGAAGAACAAAGAUACAAAACAAAAUGAUGCCAAAAACAAGAAAGGUGAUGAAGGAAAGGACAAAGCUAAAGGAAAGAAAGAACCAGAAGUCAAGGGUAAAAAAGUAGAAGCUUCAAAAAAGGGCAAAGACAAGUAA